GCGCGACGUGCAAGUCCAGCCAGUUUUCGUCGUGCUGGCGUCGGCCUCGCUUCCCGCUGUGCGUGUCGCGCGAGCUGGUGUGCGACGGCUACCACAACUGCCCCAUGGUCGGUGACGACGAGGACCCCAACAUGUGCAACCCCAGACACAGGCUUAUCGAGACCCCGGGCCAGGAGAAGGAGGCCGGCGCGGAGAGGAUCAUCCCCGACGCCAAGGACCUGCUGUACGAGCUACUGCAGUCCACCCAGUUCAACAAGUUCCACCCGUCCAACAGCAGCCGCGGACACGACGCCACCCUCCAGGGCGAGGCCAGCCCCGACACGCUGUCCAACUACGGGCCGUGGGGCUACCUGAUGCUCGGCAUGCUGGUGUGCGGCGCCUUCCUGAUGCUGUGCGGGCUGUGGGAGUGCUGCUGCCGCCAGCCCAAGCCCGCGCCCUCCGCGCCCUCGCACACGCCCACCACCGUGCUCAUGCCCCAGAUGGGCGUGAGCGGCGGCGUGCUGGUGCUGGACUCGGACCUGGACGACGACCCCUCGCGGCCACCCUCGUACGACGACCUGGACCAGCCCCCGGCGUACGGAGCGCUGUUCCCUCCCGGUCAGCCCAAGCUGGACGACGACCCCGUCGCCGCCGGCCUCGUCCUGGCCGCCGAGGCCGAGGAGGGCCCCACGCCGGCGCCCACGUCCCUCAUGGCGGACGCCCCGUUCCCGGAGGUGGACGCCGACGACGUGCCGUCGCUGCACUCGUCGCCGUCGACGUCGUCCGUCACGUCGACCUCGAGCCUCGCCAGCUAGCCUCGCGCGGGCCGGCGCCGGCGCGCGCCCGGCUCUGGACACAUCACCGCGCGGCCGGCGACUGGCGACUCCAGCAGCUAGCUGUCCUCUAGUACGGACACUUUGCGAGUCGAAUGCAUGCUGUCGCCGGCCGCCGAAAACAUCGGCGAGUCUAGCUGUGAGAUUAACCUGCACUGUGAUAAUUCUGAUCCAAGUCGAUACUCCGCGUAUCGAGUGACCCUAGUGUGUAAGUGUGAUUCAUUCAGCAAGGGAUCGCGAACCAAAGCUAGUCAGAACCAGAGACUUAUCCGCGGGGGGUCGAGGGGGAGUCCGCGUUGGCCUUCGCGGCGGAGGAUAAGCUGUAAGCGGACGAGUGUAAAUAAUGUUACAAUUUAUAUAUAAAAGCAUGGAGCAAAACUCUUGAAGAUAGUGCUUGCUAAUUUAUUCCUCUGUAAUAUAAGGGAAGGCAAAAACCCUGGCUAAAAUAUUUUCUCUCUUUCCAAAUGUGCCAUUGCCCGUCUCUUUUACAUUAAACCAGCACGUGUAUUUUCCAGGGGCAUAAGCGCUACUUGCCAGGAUCUCAGAUGGUCCCCAACCAGUGCAAGGCACUAUCAGCCUGAGGCCAAAACUUAAAUUGUGAAUGUCUGGUUGUUUGCCACCCCUUCUGUGAUUUCAGCUUGUGUAAUGUGUAUUCUAGUUUAUCAAGGAGUUUAAAAAUAUCUCUCAGAAAGCGUUUUUAAAAUCAUCAAAAUGUAAAUAUUACUGGUAUACCGGGCGUCUUUUUGCUCGCAUCGGUGAGCGCGGGUUUGCCUACUCCCUCUGGCGUAAGGCGCCAUGGCCCCGGUGAGUAGGCAAACCCGCUUGCACUAGCGCGUGCAAAGAAUCACCGAGUAGUUGUCUAAUUGUUUUUUACAUUACAGUAAAAUAUUCAACUUUUGUUUGUAAUUUAGUGCAGUAGACCAACCUCAGGCUGUUUGAAACUAUUGACUGAAUCUCUUAUUGAUGUCUAUGUCCUUUUGUGUGUUCUUGUAGUGUUUUCGAGUCAUAAAGGGAAAUAUAGUGACGUAUAAGAAAAAGAAA